AUUUGGUGUUCUCGAAGCAUUUUGUCAAAUUCACCAUGAAAUCGUUGACUUUGUUGUGCGUUUUUGCUGUGGUGUGUUCGGCACUUGCUGCACCAGAAGUUGAAGGUAUUGAGCAACUAAAACGGGAUGUCAACCUGGUGGCUGAUACAAGCAAACUUAUUGAAGAACUUGUGGAUAAUCUCCGCAAGUCCGGACAAGAAGCUAUAGACUCAGUUGCUACGUUUAAUGCGGGCAUCAAGAACGAAGUCCUGGCUAUAAGAGACAAAAUCAUAGCUGACGUGCAGAAAUUCAGAAACCGGGUGACUGAAGCUGUGGAAAAUGUGAUGAAAAGGAUUUCUAACACCAAUGUAGCCGUCAAGGAAUGUGUGGAUUCUCAUAGAAGCGCUGCUGCAUCAGUUUUCAACGAAACACUCGCCAGUACAUUGGUUUGCGUCGAUGAAAGAAUUGGCGAUGUCUCUAAGGAAAUCAAUUACUUGAUGACAAUAGCCAAAGAGGCAGUAGCUGCUGGCAAUCUGGCAAUGGACGACAUGAAGGAAUGCACUACAAAUAACACAAACUUGCUGACUGUUGGAGCUUGCCUUGCCAAAGUCGCUGUGAAGAUCGAGUUAAAAUCUGUUGGCUUUCUCGGCCAAUCUGCAAUGACGGUUGGACGCAUCAACAUUGGAAUUAGCUCGUUACCAGCCGCCCUUGAUGUAUGCGCUGGAAUGCGUUUGAUUCAGACCGGAAUCCAAACUGGUAAGAUCAUCGUCGAGAUUGGUAGCUGCUCAGCAACUGGAAUCUUUAAUGCACUCACUGGCAAACCCAUAGUUCAAACACCGCCUGCACUGUAAAUUUAUUUUAAGACAAUAAAUAUCGAAGUACAGAAAUAA